UUUUAGAGAGAGAGAGAGGGAGAAAGAGGGGGGUGAAAGCCAUGGGAAGGGGAACAAUGGCGAAAUCGAUGAAGAGAGAUGCUCUGAAAUCAUCUUGCCGCUCUCCUCAAUGUCCCUCACAGUCUCGAUUCAUCUGUUUUGAGGAGGACAUAUGGACAGAGAUCGCCAAGUUCAUGGAUGGCAAAUGUCUGGUGAAAAUGGGUCUCGCCAAUCGGUGGUUUCAGCGCCUAUUGGCCGAAGAGAGUGUCUGGAGAUUCGCUUGCCUGAGAGACCUCUCCCUCCCGUCCUCUCCCCAUGUUUCCUUCUGUUGGCGCCACUUAUACAAGGCGGCUUUUGAUGGUUCACACUCGUACAACUUCAGGCAAACCGAGAAACAUAUUGAUUGGAUGAGAAUUGGAGCGUUUUCUUUUGAGUCCACUGUAGCCCUUGUGACUGAAAACCUGUGCGUGCCUGAAAUAAUUCUGAAGAAAAAAUCCAUCGCUGGGAAUUUAGUGCAAGAGACAGGGGCGUGCAUUUUGGACAAUGUCAAACCAGGAAUAUGGAUUGCCGAUCUCCAGUUGGUACGCUGCCCUGUCUGCAAUCUCAACAGUUGCGAAGGCACGAUGCAAAUACUAGAUGUGAGGCACUUGGAGCUAUUCCUAUGUGAGGGAUUCAAAAACGGCGAGUGGGAAUACCAAGAACUUGGGUCCCACCGCAUUGAGAAGAACUGCAACGGCGCAACAGGGGGCAUUUUCGACAUGAAGCGCAUUAAAAGCCCCUCCACAUCUGAGAUCACGGACAUGAAGGCAUGGAUGGGUCAAGCCAACGAUUGGCAGCCAAAGGCCAGGAUUACUCACCAUGCUGUUGCUGUUAACACAAAUCUCCAGCAAAAUGAAGGUCAUAAGAAUCAUGUCAAAAAUGCCCUUUUUAAAGACCAUUUGGUUCUUGCUUCCUAUAAAAUGAGAAGUAACCUUACCACAACAGACUUAAAUAAGAGUCCGAAGUAUGAACCGAACGCCAAGGCACCCACUUGGGUCUGCAUGUAAGGUACCACAUGAUGAAGGGCGGAACAAAUGGUCCCAUUGUCUCCAUCAGAAUUUCACAGCAACUCAUUUGAGUUUCCUUCCUACUCUCCCGUUUUGUAUUUUUUUUGGUGAUGAUUCUCGAUUCAUUUUUUUCUUACAAAUAAACAUACAUUGGUUCGUGGUCUCACAAUUGGGUAAUACCCAUUAAC